UCAAACUGGUUAUUAACGGUCAUGGAUCGGAGAACAUGUCAGUGCGAAAACAGAAAUGUGAAUCCCCUUAAAAAGAAAUUUUUAGCGGCUCCUUAAGAAAUACUCACAUAGUGAAACCGAAAAACUAAGGAAUGAGAUGGACCUUGUUAAAAACGAGCUGGAAAAAGCGUAUGAUGUUAUUGAUGAGAUGGAAUUCGAGUUAGAAAGCGUGGAUUUACUGGCUCUCCAAAAUCAGUGGCUACGCGAUGAAUUGCUGAAACUUAAAACGCAGGAAGAUGAUGUGAUUCCUAGGAACGAGGUGGAGGACCCAGCAUCCAGAAAGCAACGUCGCAGUUAUCGGCAACAAGUUUCUGCAGGGAUGUUAGACCCCCAGUUUAAAGUCCCACCCCAAGAGCAGCGAUUCGGAAUCGUUCUGGAUUAAGAUAGUUGCUAACUGAUUGAAAAAAAUUUAUACUUUGCAUGCCAUAAACCGCUUCUGAUAGCAAUUUCGGAAUUAAAUUGAAAAGCUUUUCAUUAUUGUUAUCCUUUCUAAAGAUAUAAAUGUGAAUCACAGAAUUCACCGAUGCGUAAAGUCUGAUUUAUUCUCAUUCAUACAUUUGUGUGAGAUACUUUUAGAUAUCGCAAGUACUCUUCAAAUCAAAUCAGCUUUCAAUAUAUACCAAAUUUUUGCUGCUUCUACAUUGUUUAUUGACACAAUUUAUUUAUGUGUCUACACUUAAUAAUCUCUUAUUGGAUUUACUACACCUAAGCAGCUCUGAAUUAAUUGUGGUAUCAUUUAUGGUACCUCGAAGACCACUUAUGUGCCUAGGAAUCCAUUCGAACUCCAUGCAUAAAUCAGCCCACUGUAAUUUGCCUGUAAAUAAAUAAAAUCAAUUGCAUUCCCAGCUCGGUUGCUCCUUUAUCGAGUGGUUUGUUUGUGUAAGCGGCUUGUAAUGCAUUUGCAGCUCCCAAAAGAAUACAUUUUAUGAGCUCUGGAUAUUAGAUGGCUUAAGCUCAACCAACUGGGUCAAGUGUGUGCAAUUUUACCUGUGACUUACUG